UAAUGCGGCAAACCACUCUUUAAUAAAAUCAUAAACAAAUAUUUAUAACUCAGAGAAACCAAAUUCAUAAUCUCCCCGUUCUCCAUUUGCACAUCGAAUCAAACGCGCACAAUUUCUACAAGCAAAACUGCGCUGCCAUGAAUAUCCAGAUACUGGAAACCCAACUCAUCUCUUCCUCCCCCUCUACCUUGCAAUUCGACCCCCUCCCUCUCUCCCACCUCGACAACGACGCCAACCUCCGCAUCCCCUUCCGCACUCUCCGCGCAUUCUCCGGCGACUCAUCCCAAUCCACCGCCGAUCCCUCCGCCACCAUCGCCGCCGCUCUCUCUAAAGCCCUAACCUUUUACAGGCCCCUCGCUGCUUCCCUCCGCUCUGACCCCUCUAACUUCCAUCUUCACUCCCACCUCUCCUCCCCCGCUGAAGUCUUACUCGUCAUUGCCUCCGCCUCCGACCCGCUCCACGCUGUCCUCCGCCUCUUCGACGCCGAACCGGGUUCACCCAUCCUCGACCGGCUCGCGCCCGACGCCAACCCGGACGAGGCACUGGCCCGCCCGCUCGCUCUCCAGAUAACCCGGUUCGCUUGCGGGGGCUUCGCGCUCGGAAUGUGCGUGCACCAUGCGCUGUGCGACGGCGCGGGGGCCAGCCAGUUCCUGGCUGCUAGAACUUUGGGCGUACACCUUUCUCAAACCAUUCACAUGGGAAACCUUAACGAAGUUCUGGUUAGCAAAGAGGAUGUCAUGAUAGAUUCUCGUUGGACAAUGAAGAAUAGAUCAGAGUUCAACGAGCUCCUCUUGAGCUCUGCUAAUGAAAUUUUCAAAACUAGUAAACAACCAACUGUGAGAAUAACGACUGUGUUAUGUUUAAUUUCUGAACAAAAUAGAAUCAAAGCAAAGAAGCUUGAUGGCAGAGAAGUGGUGAAAUUUGUGUAUUCCAUGAGCAUAAAGAAAAUAGUGAUCCCCCAACUUCCCAGUGGUUAUUGGGGCAAUAGCUGCGUCCCAGUAUACAUUCAAUCCACAGCUAAAGAACUACUUGAAAAACCAUUAUGGAAGAUAGCAAUGGAGAUCAAGAAGAGCAAAGAGCAGGUCACGAACAAAUAUCUGAGGUCCUUCAUCGACUUUCAGGAGCUUCACUACGAAAAGGGCAUCACGGCCGGGAAGGAAGUGAGCGCUUUCACAGAUUGGAGGCAUUUGGGGCAUUCAGAGGUGGAUUUUGGUUGGGGAUCUUCGAUUGCUGUUUCGCCGCUUUCAUGGAGGUUGCUUGGGAGCAACGAGCCUUCAUUUUUGUUGCCCUAUGCUGAAUCGGAAGGUGAGAAGAGGGAUGGAUUUAGGGUUUUGGUUUGCUUACCUAUGGACGCAAUGGCGUUGUUCAGGUUGGAAAUGGAGAUCUUUGGGGAAUGUAAAUUUAAAGUGUGUCUGUGAUUUGGGAAAAUUUUCUCGAAAUGGUUUCUCGUGAUUUGGAGAUGUUUGGAGAAGAUGCUAAUAAAGUGAUAUUUUGUGUGGAUUUAUAUAUAUAA